AUGGCCUUUCGUGACGGCAGAUUACAGCCAGUCCUCGAGUUAUAUGUAAGAGCACGCAGUUUGUUCGACUCUCCCGAGUUCCUAAAAUGUGGCACCAAACCUGGGCCUGCGCUGGAUUUGGUCAAAGCGUUCCGUGCCACCGGCCAAGUUGUCAACGAACUGAAAUCUAUCGUACCCGGCCUUCAGAAUCACAUCCGUGGUGGCAUAGAGGACGUUGCUACCUCUUUACAUGACGUCAUCAAUGCAAUCGCAAAUGACGUCAAGUCGGAUUGUAAAGAAGAAGUUCGCAAAGGUCGCGGUCUGUUUGACACCUUGGAGUCGUUGACAUCUGGAACUCAACUAGGAACCGCUCUGAAGGUGAUCAACGCUGUAGGCAUGACCCAGCGUUUCCUCAGUGAACUUAAACAACUUGUCCCAGAUAUCCAGAAACAUCUCAACGGAAGUAUUGACGAUAUCACUACUGCUCUUCAUAACAUUGUCAACUCCAUCACAGAUGAAGUUCUAUCUGGGGGAAAUGUUGGAGAUCGCAAAGGUCGUGGUCUGUUUGACACCUUGGAGUCCUUGACAUCUGGAACUCAACUAGGAACCGCUCUGAAGGUGAUCAACGCUGUAGGUAUGACCCAGCGUUUUCUCAGUGAACUUAAACAACUUGUCCCAGAUAUCCAGAAACAUCUCAACGGAAGUAUUGACGAUAUCACUACUGCUCUUCAUAACAUUGUCAACUCCAUCACAGAUGAAGUUCUAUCUGGGGGAAAUGUUGGAGAUCGUAAAGGGAGAGAUAUUUUCGAUAUGGAAACAGCUCUGAAUCUGAUCAAAGACGUGGAAAACACUAAACGAUUCGUCAAUGAAAUUAAUGACAUUGUCCCCGGUCUUGGAGAACGUUUAAAGAAGACGUUGGAGGAGAUUUCCUCCGCCUUGCACGCCAAAGUCAGCUUAGUAACCGAAGAAAUAAUGGCUGCACUACAGUAAUUGGUUUGCUGAAAGAUUACCUGUGAACGUGGUUACAGGACAUCAGCCGACACACUGGAAAACUCUAAUAACAUCUCUGAAAUUCUGUAAAGUCAUUUAUUUUUGAUAAAACUUAGCUUUCAUCAGAAAUAAAGAAACAAG